CAGGAUUUAAUAUUGCAGUUAAAAAAAAUGAGCCCACAGUGAGUAAAAAAAAAACUGACAGCAGCAGCAAACACUCAGAAACUACUUGGCGUAAAUCGACCAAAAACACCUCACCUUAAUGGACCUCAGUAAUGCUUCUCUGACUGAUAAAUAUUCAUGUUUUAACUCCCACAUCCCAAAUUUGCACCUUUUUUGUAGAAAAGCUGUCAAUUACAAGAAAAAAAAAAACCCUCAUGGCAUCAUUAGGGCUGUUUUCUCAGCCUUGAAAAGGCUCCUCCAGAGCCACACAGAACUACAUACAGCUGUUUUCACAAACUGAGUUUCUGUGACUAACAGGCUGGUGUUGAAGUGUGAAAUCAGCGGAGUUCCCCUUUAAGGUGUUCAGACUGUGACUGCACCUCGGCCUCAUCGCCUGCUGUAGAUGAAUUCCUAGCGUAGCGUUUUAUUUGUGCUGAGAUGACUUGGCAGCACUUUGCUUGAUUCGAUGAUCAAGACGGAUCAGAGAGACACAUCAGUCUGAUUACUGCUGGAUCCUGUGACCUGGAAUCAACCCACCUCCAGGAAACAGAAAGAAAAGCACUGAUUUUCAGCUUUGAUGUUUGCUCUUUGUCUUGUGUGUUGCUUUUAGGCUUUCCUCCUCCUGCUGCAGGAUGCUCAGCUAACUCUUUGUACAUCUUUUUCUGUGCUCUUUAUUUGCUGUGCGGCGUUUUGCAGACCGAGCUGCGGGUCUCUGCUGUCGCUUGGUGGUUCCCUGCCACAAAGGGAUGCCCCGCCUCGCCGACCUGUCCGUCAAAACCAAAGACGUGUGGGAGAUCCCACGGGAGUCGCUGCAGCUGAUCAAGCGUCUCGGGAAUGGGCAGUUUGGGGAGGUCUGGAUGGGAACGUGGAAUGGCACCACGAAGGUGGCGGUGAAGACUCUGAAGCCUGGCACCAUGUCCCCUGAGUCCUUCCUGGAGGAGGCUCAGAUCAUGAAGAAACUGCGCCAUGAUAAGCUGGUGCAGCUCUAUGCCGUGGUGUCUGAGGAGCCCAUUUACAUCGUCACAGAGUACAUGGGCAAAGGAAGCCUGCUGGACUUCUUGAAGGAUGGAGAAGGACGGGGGUUGAAGCUGCCUAACCUGGUAGACAUGGCAGCACAGGUUGCAGCCGGCAUGGCCUACAUCGAAAGGAUGAACUACAUCCACAGAGACCUGCGCUCCGCCAACAUCCUGGUGGGAGACAACCUGGUGUGUAAGAUCGCCGACUUCGGCCUGGCCAGGCUCAUCGAGGACAACGAAUACACAGCUCGGCAAGGUGCAAAGUUCCCCAUCAAGUGGACCGCCCCAGAGGCCGCGCUGUACGGCAAGUUCACCAUCAAGUCGGACGUGUGGUCGUUUGGCAUCUUGCUGACGGAGCUGGUCACCAAGGGUCGGGUGCCUUACCCAGGCAUGAACAACCGCGAGGUGCUGGAGCAGGUGGAGCGGGGCUACCGGAUGCCGUGCCCCCAGGACUGCCCCAUCUCGCUGCAUGAGCUGAUGCUGCAGUGCUGGAAGAAGGACGCCGAGGAGCGGCCCACCUUCGAGUACCUGCAGGCCUUCUUGGAGGACUACUUCACAGCCACCGAGCCUCAGUACCAGCCCGGGGACAACCUCUAAACUGGCCUCCCUCCUCUCUCUCUCUCUCUGUCUCUCUCUCUCUCUCUCUCUCCCUCUCUCUCACUCUCACUCUCUCUCUCUCUCUCUAUCUCCGGGACUCGGGGUCGGCUCGGGGCUGGGGGCAGGACUGGCCCGAGCGGUUCUGUUUUAAAAAAAAAAUAAAGACUCUGGAGCCUUCCCAGCCAGGCCUUUUUAUUUUAGGGAUCUGUACAGCUUCCUCAGCUCAACUCCAGCGUUUCAGUUCCAACUCCUAAAAACACAACCCUCAGUCUCAGAGGCGCCCCCUGGAGUCUGAACUCUGCAAGUGCGAUAAUUAGGGAAGUUGAUGGACGGAGUUAACUGGGGUCGCGCUAAUGCAAUGAAAUACCUGUGUUCAAUGUAAAUAAGAAAAGCUUGUUUUAGUUUGUCUGCUUCCGUUCGAGAUUUUUAUUUUCUCCUGCACAAAAAUAAUAAUAAUGAUAAAAACGAUAGAGGCAAAGGAAGACGAGCACCUGAGCAGGCACACUUAAUCUGUAUUAUACUGUAGCUCCUCUAUUAUUUUCUAGAGAUUGAAUUGGAAGCCUCGAUAUAUUUUUUUUUUCUCAUUUCCCAUAAUGUCUCAGAGAAUUCACCCCCAGAACAUUGCUUUAUUCUUGACUUUUUUAUAUGUAGUAUUGCAGAGGCUUCUUCAGACGUGCAUGACGCAGUUUUCCAUCAGCUUUUUUUCUUUUCUUGCCUCCCCACCACCCUAAAAGCUUCCUCAGAGCGCUAGUUGUUAAGCUACUGCUGGUUCUUUUACAAACGAUAUGUCACAUUUUUGUAAAUCACAGCUGAGCGUGUAAGGAUUUUUGAACAUAUCCCUCCUCGCUUAUUUGAGAAGAUUUGGGUGGAAAUAUUUCUGUCUUUCUACCACAAAGUGUUGUUUUUUUUUUUUUUUGUUUCGCUUGAAGAAGAGGAAAGAGUUAAUUUAAGAAGUUUGUCUUUGUUUGAGCUGCCAUUGCGAGGUCUCGCCUCGUCGUUGAGAAUCUUUUUCUUUCGGAGGGAAGUCGACGCAAACCGUGGCUUUUCACCUCAUCUCCUGCACGCCCUCCACUCGAGCCUGCGGUGGCGGCGGCCUGCAGCUGAACCUGGACCACCUUACCUCCUCAGUUACUUCUGCUUUUAUGUUUUACUGACACAGUUAUAUUCAGUAUUGAGUCUUUGGUUUUUACAGAGUAUGUUUUUAUUCAACCCUUUUAAGUGAUCCUUUAAGAGUCAGUCGUACUGUACAUUCAGGAGAGCUCUGGGACCAAUUCAGGUGACAAUAAGAAGAAGGUCUGAAGAUGAACUGAACCCAGCCCUGACCUGGUCUUAAUGCAGAUGGUUUCAUGGCCAAUGGAAACCCCUUCAUUUUUCAGUUGUACAGCUCAAUGGUUUUUAAGUGUCGCUAACUUCCCUCCUUUGUAUCUUUUCAUUUCCAUUUUUUAACAUAACUUGUUUUGUUAAUUCAGUGAUUUGGCGUUUGGAAUUCAGAAAAGACCAAUAAACAUUUUACACUCUUUCC